UCCGUGUGUACGCCUGCAGGAAGUGAGUCAUAUUCUUACAAAAUCAUCAGCUGAAGAAUUUGUGACUUUUAUGACAAUUCCCAUUUUGGGCUAACUCAGAUCUCUUCCUCUCUCUAGGUUUUUCUCAGGCAUCAGGAAUGUCUUCUGAGCCCACUUCAUCCACCUCGCAGCAGUCCCCCACUUCUCCACCCUCACCCAGUUCUCUCCAUCUGCCUGAAAACCGCAGGGCGAGAGAUCGCUCCCCAUCGCCCAUGAGAGGGUACCUCAUCCCCAGUCCGCUGCCCACUCGACGGACCAGGACGUUUUCAGCAACUGUGAGAGCAUCGGAGGGUCCCAUCUACAAAGGUGUCUGUAAAUGCUUCUGUCGCUCCAAAGGCCAUGGCUUCAUUACCCCUGCAGAUGGAGGGUCCGACAUCUUCGUACACAUCUCUGAUAUUGAAGGCGAGUACGUUCCCGUGGCAGGUGACGAAGUCACCUACAAGAUGUGCACCAUCCCACCGAAGAACGAGAAGCUUCAGGCAGUGGAGGUGGUGAUUACCCAUCUAGCUCCUGGAACCAAGCACGAGACCUGGUCGGGGCACGUCGUCAGCUCCUGAGACGUCCCGGACAGAACGCGGCCACUGCCUGCGUGGUCACUGCUCAACAACUGGCUGCAGGAGACCUGUCCUAAGAAUAUUCUACGUAUUGUGCGGGAGGAAAUACUGCAUUGUUAAUAAAGCAGAAGUAGGCCAAAAUUACCAUUUUUAUAGCUGGCCUCAAAAAAAAAA